AUGGCCGCCUCAGUCGAGUUGGUGCAGCCCGUCGAGGUGCCCUCAUUGCCAAAGGAGUCAACUCCAGUCAUCGAGCUCAGCCCCGUGGACGAGAACAGAUUCAUCAUUAAGUCGCCAUACACAGACAGGGAGCAUCUCCUCGAUCUCGACACCCUUUCUCAUGAAGGUGCCCUGCUGGCGAGGGCCCUGCAGCGCCUCAAGUCGAUUCGCGAGGACUAUGCGACUGCACCUUAUGCCGAGUCUUUCAACUGGCCCGAAGUCCUCGAAGAAGUGAAGCGCCUGUCGCAAGAGUCCGGAAAGCCGUUCAAGGAGACCUCCUUCUACAUUGUCGCAUUCCGGUCGCAGAUCAAGCCGAGCACCGAUUACGCCCACCUUGGCGCGUUGGACAAGGCAGCCCAUGCGGAAGCGGUUGCCAGCGGAGGCUUUCUGAAAUAUUGGUUUGGUUCACCAGACCCUGAGCUCAGAAACUUGGCAACCUGCGUCUGGAGAUCGCGAGAGGAUGCAUUGCUCGGGGGCAGGGGACCGGCACACCGCAAGGCAGUCGGCGCCACGCGGAACAUGUAUGCCUUUUGGAAGAUUGACCAACACCGCCUCACCAUUCGAGACAACGCGGAUGAGUGGGUGCUCGAGGACUGGGAGUAA